GGAAAUCAGAAAAUCAACUAUUUGAAGUUCCUUUGGUUGUUCUUCUUCUAACUUUCCCCUGGAAGUUGGAAUCGUCUGUUUCUGCAUUUGGACCAGGGAGGACAGAGAUCUUCUCUGGAGGAAGAUCUCAGAUUAAAAGUUUCUUUAACUAUUGAUAGGGAGCUGCAUAUUUCUGAAUGCUUCUCCUUCUCUCUCCUCUCUCUGAAUAUUGGGACACACCUGAGAUGAGAAUCUGCAGUUGGCUCUGGGGAACCACCUUCAGCGUGAUGCUCCUCAUCCUUCCUGGAACAGCUCAGUACGAGGAUGGGAGUUUGGUUCCAGGGCGAGGCUCCUGCCAGCCCAUCUCCAUCCCCUUCUGCACAGACAUCGCCUACAACCAGACAAUCAUGCCCAACCUGCUGGGUCACUCCAACCAGGAAGAAGCCGGCCUGGAGGUCCACCAGUUUUACCCACUGGUCCAAAUCCAGUGCUCUGCAGAGCUGCAGUUCUUCCUGUGCACCAUGUAUGCCCCGGUGUGUACAGUGCUGGAGCGGGCCAUCCCGCCCUGCAGGUCUCUAUGUGAGCAGGCUCGGCAGGGCUGUGAGGAGCUCAUGAACAAGUUUGGCUUCCAGUGGCCCGACAGGCUGCGCUGCCAGAACUUCCCUCUCCAUGGAGCUGGAGAGAUCUGUGUGGGUCAGAACACGAGUGAUGCUGAAGGCUCUGCCUCCGAGCUUAUCCCGGCCACAGUCCCUCCCCUUAUAUGGAGCGACCGUCCAUUCUCCUGCCCCGUGCAGCUUCAGGUGCCCCCCUACCUCGGGUACUACUUCCUUGGGGCCAAGAACUGUGGUGCCCCCUGUGAGCCGUCCAAACCAGGUGGACUAAUGUACUUCAGUGAGCAGCAGGUAAAGUUCAGCCGGCUCUGGGUUGGAACCUGGUCCAUUUUGUGCUGCCUCAGCACUCUCUUCACCACACUGACCUAUUUACUGGACAGAGGGAGGUUCCUCUACCCAGAAAGACCCAUCAUCUUCCUGUCUGGCUGCUACUUCAUGGUAGGAAUGGCCUACAGCGCCGGCUUCCUGCUGGGGGACAAGGCGGUGUGUGUGGACAGGUUGAAGAAGGACGGCUACAGGAUGGUGGUCCAAGGUACGGAGCAGGACGUCUGCACUCUGCUCUUCAUUGUCGCCUAUUUCUUCAGCAUGUCCAGCUCCAUGUGGUGGCUCAUCCUGUCCUUCAGCUGGUUCCUAUCUGCUGGGAUGAAGUGGGGCCAUGAGGCCAUCGAAGCCAACUCUCAUUACUUUCACCUGGCAGCCUGGGUGCUUCCAGCGCUGAAGACUAUCAGCGUGCUGGCCAUGGAGCAGGUGGAGGGCGAUCUGCUCAGCGGUGUCUGCUCUGUGGGAAUCUACAGUGUGGAAGGGCUGCGAGGCUUCAUCCUGGCUCCGCUCUUCAUCUACCUCCUCAUCGGCGACUCCCUCCUGCUGACCGGCUUCCUGUCGUUGUUUCGGGUCCGAUCCAUCAUGAAACAUAAUGGUACCAACACCAAUAAACUGGAGAAGCUUAUGGUUCGGACCGGUGUCUUCAGUUUGCUCUACACGGUGUCUAAUGCAGUCACCAUCGCCUGUCUGGUAUAUGAGCAGGCAUCUCGACCCCGAUGGGACGCCACCUGGCGAUUGCAGACCUGCCGUCAUUUUUCUCUGCCCUGCCCAGCCAAAAAUACACCUCCUGCAUCGCCAAGCUUCACAGUAUUCUUAAUCAAGUAUCUGAUGACCUUAAUGGUGGGGAUAACAUCUGGUUUCUGGAUCUGGUCAGAUAAGACUAUUCAGUCCUGGCUCCGGUUUUCAAAGAGAGCUCUGAUCAACCAGGAUAAGGUGGGAAGGAGGUGCAGCAACAGGAGACAACUCAAUCUGCAUCUUCACAAGCCAAACAAACUAACAUACAGAAACUGAACAAGCUAAAUUAGGACAGUACUGAGGUUUAGAGUUCUGUCUGGGUUUCUCACCAGAAAUGCUUUGAGAGGAAACCUUCCAACUCUGAUGAUAAUCAUUUAAAUCAGGUCAAAAACU